GGACAGGCAGAGUCAUAGACAGUGAGAGAGAGAGAGAGACAGAGAGAAAGAACCCGGCUCCCAUAUGGGAUGCCAGUGCCGCAGGCAGAGGAUUAGCCAAGUGAGCCACAGUGCCGGUCCACCACUGUAGGCAUCCUAUAGACAAGUCAAGGUCAGUCUUGGGGCUUGUGAAUUCCUAGGAUAAGAAAGUCACGUACUCCCAUCCUGAAGGAGGAGGAUGAUCAAGAACACUCUGUUAAAAUUGACUGUUACAGAGGCCGGCGCCGCGGCUCACUAGGCUAAUCCUCCGCCUUGCGGCGCCAGCACACCGGGUUCUAGUCCCGGUCGGGGCACCGGAUUCUGUCCCGGUUGCCCCUCUUCCAGGCCAGCUCUCUGCUGUGGCCCGGGAGGGCAGUGGAGGAUGGCCCAGGUGCUUGGGCCCUGCACCCCAUGGGAGACCAGGAAAAGCACCUGGCUCCUGAGUUUGGAUCGGUGCAGCGCCGGCCAUAGUGGCCAUUUGGGAGGUGAACCAAUGGAAGGAAGACCUUUCUCUCUCUCUCUGUCUCUCUCCCUCUCCCUCACCCUCUCCCUCUCCCUCUCUCCCUCUCACCUACUCUGCCUGUCAAAAACAAAAACAAAACAAAAUGGAUAAUGGAGCUGCUUAUAUUUCUGCCUCUCUUAAAGCUUUUUGUGCAACCUUUUCUACACCUCAUGUCGCUGGAAUUCCCUGUAACCCUCAGGGCCAAGGCAGUGUUGAACGUGCACGUAAAACUUUAAAGCAGUAUUUAAAUUAAAAAGGGCGAGUAUGGGGCUUCCACCCAUUUCCCUAAUAAAUGGCUUUCACACGCUUGAUUUAUUCUAAAUUUUCUUAUGUUGGACAGAGAUGGUCGUUCUGCAGCUGAUCGACACUGGCGUCCAUGGAUGAUGCGGUGUGAUGGCUGCCGGAGCGGAUGGUGCGACAGGUGGAUACCCUCCCAGCGACGCCCCCUGACGAUGCCCCUCGGGACGUUGCUAACGAUCGGGAUCUUCCUGAAGACCAAUGAGUCCUGUCAUUUAUCCACGCGCCAGGCCAGUGUUACUGUCUCUGUGGGCACUCCGGUGAUUUUGAACUGUUCUUGCGUAUACCCUAAUGGGAGUGGCAUGGCAGGAUUUGUUCAGUGGGUGCGUAAGAACCAAACUAUAUUUCUCCAGAAAAACAUAACCCAUUGGCAGUGGCGCAAUGUGUCCGACCAAUCAAAAAGAGAAAGUUUCGAUUUUAGUAUAGCCAAAUGGGCCAUGUUAUCAGAUGCGGGGGUGUAUUCUUGUCAGUUUUGGAAAAAGAACUCCCCUGAUGUCCUUAACGGAACUGUCAAUGUAACUUUGUCUGUUAAUGCUUCUUUUUCUACUGAAUUUGGCAAUUUUUGGCUGCACUUGGCCACAACAACUAAUACUACUUCUUUUUGUGUUAAUACAGCUGAUUCUCCUUCCCAUCUUCUUGCCAAUAAUCUUAUAGGAAUACGCUCUUCUAGGGAGGAGUUUACUAGUAUAACAGGCCUCAGUAUAACUUCCCUUGAAAUAGAUAAUGUUACUUGUUUAUUAUUUACCGUGCCAUGGCAGCUCAACCAAACUAGCUACAGGGAAUUUCAUCCACUGAAUGGGACGCGGGCUCCUAAGAGGUGGGUUUUUUUAUGCAGCCAAUACGCCUUUACGUCGUUAGCCCCGACGAUUUCCGCAACUGCUCACUGGGCCGUGUGGCCCCGACGCUGGCCUCUGUAUUUCCAAAGACACGACGGCGACGUUCACCGCCUGAGAACUGUGAUGACACUGUCCUCCUAAGCGGAGAAGACACUGUCUUUUCCAUGGCUGUGUCGCUGGUGGGAGUUCCUGGAUUGGCUUAUGGGAUUACCCGUGGAAUGCGAAAGCUUGCAUGUUUAGUAACCGAGACAGUGAAUCUUACCGCUGCUCAUUGUCCAAUGUAGCCGAAGAACCGGAUCAAGUCCGCUCAGGGGUGCUUUUACCAAUUAUUUACUGUUGGGAGAUCACAUAAGCUGUGACGCUGUGCCUGGGGGUGUUGUUCUAACAUGACUAACAAUGUGCCAUUUGUAGAGUCUGUCAUUGAUAAAUAUCUGUUGCAUUUCACUCUUAAGUUUAUUAGUAACCCCCUAUCACUUGGAGGGUUCCAGUGGAUUCAUUGGUUAUUAACGUUGGCUGGACGGCUACUGCUUUUCCUACUUUGUAUGGGAUGUUUUCUGUGUGUUUUACAACUUACGUUAACUUUGCUACGGUCUGUAUGGACUGAGAUCCAUCAUUUAAAACUUGGCAGCAAACCUCCUUUAUAAUCAAAAUAAUUGAUAUUUGGCCGUAUAUUUCAUCCAUCCUCGACUCUUGCCUAAUGUCAAGCUGGAAUGGUCCUCAGAGACGGGUAAGACACUUGGCAUCCCGUACCACCCUAAGACAGGGCUCUAGGCCAGGUUGCCAGUUACCAAUGAUGGGUAAGGACGGAGAUGACUGAGGGCAACCUAAGACAGAGGCCACUCCCAAUUAAAUAAAAGGGGGAGAUGUAGGCAGCCUAUGAACAAGUCAAGGUCAGUCUUGGCUUGUGGAAUUCCUGGGAUAAGAAAGUCACGUACUCCCAUCCUGAAGGAGGAGGAUGAUCAAGAACACUCUGUUAAAAUUGUUGCCGGCGCCGCAGCUCACUAGGCUAAUCCUCCACCUGCGGCGCCGGCACACCGGGUUCUAGUCCCGGUCGGGGCGCCGGAUUCUGUCCUGGUUGCUCCUCUUCCAGGCCAGCUCUCUGCUGUGGCCAGGGAGUGCAGUGGAGGAUGGCCCAAGUGCUUGGGCCCUGCACCCCAUGGGAGACCAGGAGAAGCACCUGGCUCCUGCCAUCGGAUCAGCGCAGUGUGCUGGCUGCAGCGGCCAUUGGAGGGUGAACCAAUAGCAAAGGAAGACCUUUCUCUCUGUCUCUCUCUCUCUCUCACUGUCCACUCUGCCUGUCAAAAAAUUAAAUUUUAAAAAAAAUUGACUGUUAUAGAAAGCCCGAUAAGUUGCUUGCAUGUGUUACCUUCUGUGCUUCCUUGAGCUGCAGCUGGUUAGGAAUAAAUCCCGCUGAGAAUAAACGAGCCUGGGUCAGUUCAUUGUCUUGGCUCCAUCCUCAUGUCUUUGUCCCUCUUCAUUCCCACGCCCCCCUUCAGGUUCUGUUUGACUGAUGUGGCUGGCCCGCACACACCACUUCCACUUUGACCUGACGUGGCGUGGACAAAGAGUGGUGCUCCAGUCUGUCCAUUCACCCUCUCUCCCCGUGACUCCCUCUUCAGCUUCGGGUGGUCUUGUAGUUCCUGUCCUUACGUGCUGCGGUACCGAAGCCCUCAGGCAGCAGGCAAGAAAACAUAAGCCCUCCUUGCAGUCUCUGGCUACUCACACGCAUGCUCCCCUGGCUUGUCACUCGUCACUCUCGCCUCCUGUGCCCAUGCCAGGCCUCGUCACGUGAACACCCUCUGACGUCAGAACGCGGUUCGUCUUGCAGGAACGUGACUGCCCAUGAUGCUUAACCUUGACGCCGGGACGUGGGAUGUGGCUGCCGUCCCACACUGCUCCCCGCGCUCCGUCAGACGGGAGCGGCGGUGGUUCGGCUCCUGCCCCAGCAUCUUCAGUGGACGCUUGCUCACUGCUGGAAUGAAUGGAGAUCCAGCGGCGAGAUCUUCCCUGCUGUGUUCUCCCCCUCUCCCACAGAGUGCAGAACAAAGUUGGAAGUAUGCUAAGCGUCUUCUGCAGCCCCACGUCGGGGAAACUGGACCCUCGAAGGCGGUGAGGUCCGUUUCUUCCCAACCUCCGCUGUGGCGCUCGGUGCCGCAGACGCCACGUCCGCCAGGGCUGUGCUGCUGCAGGGGUCGCCGUCGUUCGCGGACGUGGCCGUGAGCUUCACCCGACAAGAGUGGCAGCAGCUGGCGCCCACGCAGAGGCCCCUGUACCCCGACGUGAGGCUGGAGCACCUCAGCCACCCGGUCUCCCUGGGUGAGCUUGGCUCCCGCCUCUCCCCUCGUGCCCGAGCUGCCGCCCCCUGGAGGGCACUUGGCCCGCAGCGUCGGUGGGUCCAGCCAACCACUGGUCACAAGUCCUGCAGAACCAAACAGUGUCUGUACUGACCAGGCUUGCUUUCCCGCCGUUAUUCCCUAAACAACCGAAGCUAACGACUGAUUGCAUGGCAGUUAUGUUGUUAGGCAUUGUAAGUAUUCUGGUAGAUCAUCUACGUGAAGUAUGUGGGGGUACAGAUACCUUAUGCAAGCGGAGCCCUGUUUUAAAUAAGGAGCGUGAGCAUCUGUGGAUUUGGUACCCAGGGUGGUAUGGGUCUUGGAACCACUUGCCCGCCGUGACGGAGGCGGCUGUUUGUGAAGUCGCCUCCAGAGCGAGGGACCUGGCUCCUGGCCGCCACGUCGGUGUUUCAUGGUACAGCCUACACCUCCGGCCACUCAGAAGGCUCGGCCGUAACCCUGUAACGUUCUCUGGGGACCAGGCCCGCUGUGAUCGGCCAGCUGGAGCAGGGCAGAGAGCUGUGGGUAGAGGAGGAGGACCUGCGCAGUCCUGCUGUCCAGGUAGGAGCGCUGCGGGGGGAGGGGCCACGAGUCACAGCCAGCAGAGCCUGGGGGGCGCUCUGGUUCCAGGAAACUACUCUUUUUGUAUGUUUACUCAUUCAUGCCUACGGAAGGCAGAGUGACAGAUUGAGGCGGGUACACAGAUCUCCCAUCCACUGGCUCACCCUCCAACGGCCACAGUGUCCUGGGGCUGAGCUAGGCUAAAGCCAGGAACUCCACUCUGGUCUCCUCUGUCAAAGGGGGCACCCAAGUCUUCAGGCCCUAACCUGCGGCCUUCCCAGUACGGUAGCAGGAAGCUGGAUCCGCAGGAGAGGAGGUGGGAUUUGAACGAGCACUCGGAUCAGGAAUGUACUGCAACAGCUGGGGCUACGCUGACCCGAAGCCAGGAGCUUCUUCCGGGUCUCCCAUGCAGAUGCAGGGGCCCAAGGACUUCGGUCAUCUUCUGCUAUCCCAGGCCACAGCAGAGAGCUGGAUCAGAAGAGGAGCAGCAGGGACUAGAACCGGCACCCCUGUGGGAUGUGGGCGCUUCAGGCCAGGGCUUUAAGCCGCUGUACCACAGUAGCUGCCCACCCCCCCCAGGAAAGGGUUUUAGAAGCCUUGGAUCGUGCAAUAUGCUGUGGACGUAGGGCCUGUGACCUUGAGACACGAGUUCAUCCUCAGAUUCUGCUCAGCCCCUCCGUGGGAUCUUUGUCUUGUGUUUUCUCUUGGGGUAGGAAAGGGGCUUUGCCGUGAGUGGGGUUCAUAGAUUUUAAUAUUUGACGGGUAGAGUUACAGACAUUGAGAGACAGACAGAAAGGUCUUCCUUCUGUUGGUUCACCCCCCAAAUGGCCGCUACAGCCAUCAGGAGUGGUCAGUACAGACACUGUUUGGUUCUGCAGGACUUCUGAUCAGUGGUUGGCUGGACGCACCGACGCUGCGGGCCAAGUGCACUUCAGGGGGCGGCAGCUCAGGCACGAGGGGAGAGGCUGGAGCCAAGCUCACCCAGGGAGACCGGUGCCGAUCAGGAGCCAGGUACUUCUCCUGGUCUCCCAUGGGGUGCAGGGCCCAAGCACCUGGGCCAUCCUCCACUGCCUUCCCGGGCCACAGCAGAGAGCUGGACUGGAAGAGGAGCAACCGGGACAGAAUCCAGCGCCCAUAUGGGAUGCUGGCGCCGCAGGAUAACCAAGUGAGCCACGGCGCCGGCUCUGUCUUGUUUACCUUACACGUCCACACUGUGAAAUGCGUCCACUUCCCUGGUACCGCUGGCCCCAGUGAGGCUGCAGCUGAGCGAUUCCCUGCCCACCCCGUCCGCGAGCGGCUGCACCAGCACCUGGGGUCCUUCGCCCUCCGCUCUGUCCUGUUUGCCCAUUUACCACCACGAACUCCUUAGCAUCAGAGCCACAUAACAUCCAGUGUCAGCAGAUAUCCCUAGUUUUAAUCUUUUUUUCCCAAAAAGUGUAGAAUUACUAUUUACAAUAGGCAGUUAGGCUUAAAACCUCGAAAUAAUCUUCCCUCCACACGUUGCUCAAACGUCGUGUGCUCUGACAGUGGGAAGGUGAACGCGUCUGUUUCCAGGAAGAUGCGUGGCAGGUUGACGCCCAGGCGGACAGACCACACCAAGACCAACUUCAGAGCAGGUGGCAGCCUGGACGAGGAACACCUGACCCCGCCAAGGCUCCAGGCGGGGGAGGGCCCUGGGGAGAAGCCCCCUCGGCACACAGCCCGCCCCUGCACUGCCCAGACAGCAGCCCGUCACGUACGGCUUGUGUGGGGAGAUUCUGAGAGCCACCGUGGAGCUCGGGCCUCACGCCUGCCUUGUAAGGAGGACAUCCUAGUGUGACGGCCAGGGGAACUUGUUUCUCUACCCUACGCUUGAGACAACAGAUUCUGGAGCGAACCCGCAUGACUGUAGCCGGUACAGGAAAGCCAUAAGUCACAAUGUGGCUCCUAAUGCCAGACCAGGAACCCCGAGCCCAGAGAAGCCCCACGCAGGUACGAAUGUGGGAAAACCUGCCAGGUAGAGGUCGCGUCCAUCACAGAGUCCACAGAGGACAGGGACAGUUGCAAGGAGACUGGUCUCGAACAACAAGGAAGUCACACACAUGGCAAAGCCCACGGGGACAGCAGCCACGGGCGAGCCAGCCUUCCCGUGCCCAGGCCAGUGCACCCUGGAGAGAAGCCUUAGCGGUGCUCAGAAUGCGAGAAAGGCUUCUCCCACACGUCCCGUCUCCUGGGCCAGAAGCCCUACGGCCGCACCGAGAGCCAGAAGGCCGCCUCCCGGCACUCCUGCAGGACCGCGUGGGCAAGGAGCCCAACGAGUGCUCCGCCUGCGCCAGGGCCUUCUCCCGGAAGGCGAACCUCGUCCGCCGCCACAGGGUCCACACCAGGGCGCAGCUCUACGGGUGGGUGGCAGAUGUCAGCGUGGAGAAAUCCUGGCACAUCUAAUCACGGAGACCCAUGGACGCACCCUGGGCAAGCACCCCAGAGACCCGCCGCACAGCGCCACCACCAGUUGAGUCAAUCAAGAAAGAGAAAAGUGAUGAGCCGUUGGAGUGACAUAUUUGUAUAGGAUACGCUCGACUAUACGGGGUGUCUGUGUUAAGUGUGCAUAUAAGCUUUUCGGUGGGACUUUAGGGUAAUAGUGUAGUAAGAUUCAGAAGUAAUUCAGUGUUACAGUCCUGAGUGUGCUAUGUAAAAAUAUUUUUGACAGGGAACUGAAGACAGUGUCUGUCAACUUUGUGCACUAAAGUAUACACUGCCAUCUUUUUUUUU